AUGUCUCGUCUACAUAAAAUGUCAAUUCAAGGCAUACGUAGUUUUGGAAAUCGAGAUCAAGAUACACAAGUUAUAACAUUUUUUUCGCCAUUAACAGUUAUUGUCGGUCCAAAUGGAUCGGGUAAAACAACAAUUAUUGAAUGUUUAAAAUAUAUGGCAACAGGUAUAAUGCCACCAGGUGCUAAAACAGGUGGAGCAUUUGUACAUGAUCCAAAAGUAGCUCAUGAUACAGAAGUACGUGGUCAAAUAAGACUUUUAUUUCAAGAUGUUACAGGACAUAAUGUACAAGUUCAACGUACACUUGUUGCAACACAAAAAAAAACAAAUAUUAGUUUAAGAACUCUUGAAGGUAUUAUUAUUCGUGAAGGUAUUAAUGGUGAACCAAUACAAAUAACAUCAAAAUGUAUUGAACUUGAUAAAGAAAUGGUUACAGCAUUUGGUGUAUCGACAGCUAUUCUUGAAAAUGUUAUUUUUUGUCAUCAAGAAGAAUCAAAUUGGCCAUUAAGUGAAGGAAAACAAUUAAAAACAAAAUUUGAUGAUAUAUUUGCUGCAACAAAAUAUAUGAAAGCACUUGAAUUAAUUCGAAAAAUUCGAACAGAAAAAUUACAAACAGUUAAAAUUAGUCGAGCAGAAAUUGGACAUUUAAAAACAUAUCGUGAUAUGUUAGUUCAAAAAAAAAGACAAUAUGCAGAAAUUGAUGAACGUCUACAAACAUCGAAAGUUAAUGUUGAAAGUAUUCAACUUAAACUUGAACCUAUUGAUUCUCGUUUGGAAUUUAUUGCUAAAGAAAGUUCGAAAAUGGUUGAUUUUCAACGACGUAUGGAUCGUCUUACAAAUGAAUGUGAAGCAUUAAAAAAGAAAAUUCGUGAAUUCAAUACAAUUAUUGAUGAACCAUUUCAAGGUUCAGAAGAUGAACUUAAAUUAUUAAUUUCUAAUUUUCAACGUGAUCAAGAUAAAAAGAAACGUGAACUUCAAGAUUUAGAAGCAAAAAAAUUGACGACUGAACGUCAAAUAAAAAAACUUCUUGAUAAACGUACAUCAGACACAACACGUUUAGGUGGAUAUGAAUUUGAAGAAAAAACAAUAUAA